AUAAAGAUGCAAUCAAUUCGACACUAUUAGCUUAGCAUAUGAAACUUCACGCAAACAUUAAAGUUUGCAGAAAGCUUUUACGCACGCAUGAACAAAGAUCCCUGUGCAAGGAAUGCUUUGAAACAUAUUUAUUCCUUCUCAUAUUCUAGUUUCCCACUGUACCACUACAGUUCCAAGUACUCUACAUCGAACUCACCCAGAAAAAAAGGAACUUCAUCGAAAGAUGUCAAGAAUUUAAACUGACAGUGAGCAGCUCUCCUCUAGGACGCGAUCGACCCAACAAUCGUUCGUUCGUAUACAAAACGUGUGAAGCUUUUACCAUAACCAAAACAUACCACAGCGAAUUGCAGAGGUCAACCCGACCCAGGACUGGAUUCGUAACGGUUGACGAUUCCGUUCCCCGACUAUCUAACGCUCCCUAGAUAAUGUUAGGCUGUAUCAACAAAACAAUAUCAGUAUCUUAGCUACGAAUUUAUUUAUAAAAGCCUGAGCCACGAAGCUCACCAUAUUUUGCUGGUGACACAAGAAAUAGCUAUCAUGUCCCGACUCACUCUUCUGCACGGAGUUUAGAGACAUGGCAUGGUGGAGGCAUGGUGGAUAAGAGGCACAAAAAUGUAUCACCCUGAAUAGCUUCUCAUAUCUAUUCUGAAGCUUUGGCCUCAAACAAUCGAUCUGAUCAGUCGACGGCCAGAAUUUCACUCGAAUAGACGAAAUCUUUCGAAAGUGCGAGUGUCUGGAAUAAAAAAAAAGAUUGAAAGAUUAAUUUGUUUGAAAACUUUGUAUUUUAAAUAACUGUUACGUUGUGAAAAUUUAAUGUGAAUGUUUGUGUGAUUUUAUAUGCAACUAAAUUUGUUAGUUUUAAGUGUUUUUACUCGUGAGAUACAUGAAAGAUUUUUCAAAACGUAUAUGAAAGUUGUUUGAAUAAUAUUGUUACAUACCACGUACGAGCAUCAUGGAAGGAGCGGGAGGAAGUAGCAACUCAGAUCCACGAUUCGAGUUUCUUGGAUCAUUUGUUCAAAAGACGCUCAAAUUGAAACCAGAAAAAUGGCACCGAUUAGUGACACUAGAAGAGCACAAGGCAGUUCUGAAGGAAUUCUUUGACAAUGCACAGACUGUCGUUAUGAUUAUUAUUCUUACACCAUCUGCACAAUUGAUUCCACUUGUGAGUUUUCCCAUACAGCAACUGAAAAAUAAAGGUGUCUACUUCGUAAAGAAAAAUCCAAUUGAUGUGCCCCGCGACGGGUGCAAGGAUGUGCUGGUCGUGGGCGAUCUUGCAACACGAACCAUCGACCAGCUGUCCUGUUUGGUCGAUGAAGUGUUUGUACCCCUUCUUUCAAAUUCGGACAACCAUCUCGGAUGGCCGGAAAUGGUAGCACAAGACGUACAAAAGCAAGUUCACAGUCUUAAGAGCACGGUUUAUCAAGUUCAGGGUCAAGUUAGUGGACAGACCGUUCUACCAAUGCCCGUAGGAGUUGAUAAAUGUGUGCAGACGGCCAAAGAACUAGUUGUCAACUCAGAAUGUUCGAUUAAUCUCUACCUGAAGAGUGCAAUCGAAGGUGUUGUCAUCAAAUGGGCCACUCAAGUGAAUGAUGUCAUGCUGGAGUCGAGUGCAAACGCAUUUAAUGGCGGCCAAAAUCCUGUUCCUUCCGUCGAAAUUAAUUUUUGGAACAAUCGUUUGAAAAAUUUGACCUACAUCUACGAACAGCUGCGUCACGAGCGUAUACGCAGUAUGGCACUGAUCCUUGAAUACACGGAUAGUGCUUACUAUCCUUGCUUUAAAACACUUUUCAAAAACGUUGUGACAGCCUUGGCGGAAGCACGAGAUAUUACACUUUACUUGAACCCACUAACAAGACAUUUCCAACAACUAGAGGACACCGAGUUUUCUGAAUGCAAAGUUUUACUAAAGCCUCUACUGCACGUAGUAUGUUUGAUUUGGUCAAAUUCGCUGUACUAUUGUCACUCUGCGAAGUUGAUUGUUCUUCUUCGUCAAAUAUGCAAUCUAAUCAUUCAACAGGCUAAACGCUUCCUUGAUCCAUCUUCUAUCUUUCAUACAGACAUCGAUGAAGCGAUGCAGCGCAUAUCGUUGUCUAUACAAAUUUUGAAAUAUUUUCGCACUGUUUAUGAUGAAUAUAAGGAUAAUAUUGCACCAUUCUUUCAAGAGCGCCCCGUUGUUAAUUGGACCUUCCAUCCCAAUGCCGUCUUUGAGCGCUACAAUGCCUUUCUCGAUCGAUUGUUUACCAUUCAAUGGUUUUUCAACACUGUCAUAGAGUUUCUCAAGCUGGAAAAGGUGGAAAUCGGAGGUCUUAAGGGACGGGCGCUAAGCGCACGUAUUACAGGAGUGUCGGUCGAAUUCAACCAGUGUUUUUCGUUAUUUGCUUCGAAAACCUACGAUGUGCUCGAUCCCGAUGAUCCAACGUUUAAGGAAGAUUUUCUCAAGUUCCAGGAUCGCAUUCUGGAGCUCGACUUAAAGCUCGCUGCAAUCCUUUGCCAAGCCUUUGACGAUUGUCAUAAUCUGGAAAGUGUCUUCAAGCUAAUAAGCAUUGUAGGAACUGUGCUGGAUAGACCCAAAAUUAAAGAAGAAUUUACCAACAAAUACAGACAAAUUUUAGUAAUGAUUGAUGAAGAGCUCAGCACUUGUGAAAACAUCUACACACAGCAAAUGGAACACUACCGCAAGGAGGGGUAUAUUUUCGUUGACCGCAGUGCUCCACCAGUAACCGCCGCGCUGCGUUGGGUGCUGCAGCUUACCAAUCGUAUAACUUCACCCAUCAAACAAUUUCAAACUUUGCAACACCCAGUCGUUCAAUCCGAAGAAGGCGCUGCUUUAAUAGAUCGCUUUGAUAUCCUGAUAGCUAAGCUGAAAGAAUUCGAACGAUCCAUAUUUGAAGGGUGGGCAGAAGAAGUACCGGAAACGAUUGAAGCACAUUUAGACAAACCGCUCAUUAUUAGAAAGAAAAAUUCCCCCGAGCUUCUGCUCAACUUUAGUCCACAGCUGUUUGCUAUCCUGCGAGAGGUUCAUUACCUAAGGCUAAUGGAAAAAGAAGACAUCCCACAGCGAGGACUCGAGUUUUCUGAUCGAAGUGAAGUGUUUCGCUCUCAUACCCUUAACCUAGAGAAGACGGUUGAUUGGUACAACAAGAUACGCAAAAACUGCACCAAAGUUGAGCUGGAGCUAAUCAAAGGCGAAAUAGAACAUAUCGACGCACUGCUGGAGCGGGCGAUCAACGAACUCACAUGGAACUCGGAAGACAUUCAAGAUUACAUGAUUCAGAUUCGUGACCCGGUGGAACAGCUGCAAAAGCGAAUGCAAAGCAUUCAAAACAAUUUGCAGGACAUUCGCACCACCAUGUCCGCCUGGGCGAAGCUGCCAUUGUUUGAGCGUAAAGACUCCAAGAAGGACACAGUGCUGUGCCUGGAGGAGCGUAACGAUCGCAAAACAAAACGCUACGCCGAGCUUGAGGCUGCUGCCGUCAAGGUGCACCAGCUGCUCGACACUAAUAUGAAGUUGUUCGGAAUGGAAAACGACCAGGAAGACAAUAAUUGGGUCGAGUAUGUUAAAUUUGUUGAUAACAUAGUGUACGAGAACUUACUGUUCAUGAUUGGGAUCAGCAUCGGAUAUCUUGCGGAAAACAUGGACGUGGGCAAUAAUCUCGCACCGUUGUUUGAAUCACGCUUAGAGCUACUAGAGCCGCAACUAGUGUUUGUUCCAUCACUGAAUCCAAAUGAUGUCAAUGGUUUUACUGCACUUCUAGCAGGAUUAGUUAAUGACAUAACUUACAUGUCAUCGUUAAUACCACGUUUGAUGAAAACAGUCAACAAAACAUACGAACAGAUCAUCACCAAAAACAACGAUAUUCAGGAGAUGAAAGUCGAAAUUCUACAAGGCGUCGAUAAGGUCAUUCAGGAGGCAGCUGAGUUUUGUGGAGAUUUCGAACGCUACUCCUAUCUCUGGCUGGAGGAUCGUGAAUACAGCAUGGAAACGUUUCUGGAAUAUGGUCGCCAGCUAGAAGCAGAUGAAAUUGAGCUGAUCAUCAAUAAGGAUCCGGAAGCACCAAAACCCUGUCCACCAACCAUUGAGGCGUUCCGGGAGCAAAUCGAUCACUAUGAAUCUUUGUACCAGGAGAUAGAAAAGAUAGAAUCUUUUCAAAUUUUCAACUCUUGGUUUCAAGUUGACGUUCGUCCUUUCCGCCAAUCGCUCAUGAACAUUGUCCGCAAGUGGGGAAACAUGUUCAAGGAACAUCUCGUUAACAACGUUACCCACAGCCUGACCGAUCUUGGAAACUUUAUACGGAGAGCAGACGAAGGACUGCUGCAGAUCGUUAAAGAAGGCGAUUAUGAAGGGUUGGUUAACAUUAUGGCCUAUCUGCUACACGUCAAGGAACGGACUGCUACAACGGAUGAGAUGUUCGAACCGAUGAAAGACACGAUUGAGUUGCUGAAGUACUACGAUAUGGAUAUCCCGGAAGAGGUAAAUGUGUAUCUCCAAGAGCUGCCUGAGCAGUGGGCCAACACGAAAAAGAUUGCCUUGACUGUGAAGCAGCAAGUAGCACCGUUGCAAGCAAAUGAGGUUGUCGGCAUACGAAAUCGGAUUGCGAUGUUCGACGUUCAUAUUACCGUUUUUCGAGAUGUGUUCCGUACAUAUGAAUUUUUCAAGUACGAUUGUCUAGAACCCUACAUUCUUCUCGAUCGUAUCGAUGGCGAUGUCAAUCGGUUGGAAAAAGAUAUGUCGGACAUACAAGAAUCGGGUAGUUUAUUUGAAGUGUCUGUUCCAGAGUUUAAGCUGCUGCGCCAGUGUCGCAAGGAAAUGAAAAUGUUAAAGGUUGGUAGCUGGGAAGGGAAACCCAGUGUCUACUCGGUCAGUUGCUUUCACUUUAUUCGUAUCACUUACAUGCAGCAACUGUGGGAUUACGUUUUCAUCGUUCGUACCAGCAUUGAAGACUGGAAAACUACUCCCUGGCGUAAGGUGGACGUGGAAAACAUGGAUAUCGAGUGCAAAAAAUUUGCCAAGGAUAUCCGUCUGCUCGACAAGGAAAUGCGCCCAUGGGAUACGUACAUAACGCUUGAAUCAACCGUUAAGAAUAUGCUGACAUCGCUGCGUGCCGUUGGUGAGCUACAAAAUCCCGCCAUCCGAGAGCGGCAUUGGAAUCAGCUGAUGUCCUCCACAAAGAGUUUAGCAAAUCUUCCACCCGAAAUUACAGUAACGUUCAUCAUGGACAAAAAUACCACACUUUCCGAUCUGCUCGCUCUGAACCUUCACGAAUGUGAAGAAGAAGUGAAAAAUAUAGUCGACAAGGCUGUUAAGGAAAUGUCGAUGGAAAAAAUCUUACGUGAUCUACAUUCGGUGUGGAACGGCAGUCCCAAUACAAAAAUGAUGGAAUUUGAAUAUGAAACUCAUCUCCGCACUGGAUCAACAUUGUUAAAAGCGUCAGAAGAGUUGAUCGAAACCCUUGAGGAGAAUCAGGUUGUGCUGCAGAAUUUAAUCACAUCGAAGUUCAUUGCGCACUUCCUGGAGGAAGUGUCCGAAUGGCAGAAGAAACUAACCACGGCAGAUCAGGUUAUCACGGUAUGGUUUGAGGUACAGCGUACCUGGGCUCAUCUCGAAUCGAUCUUCAUGAGCUCGGACGAUAUUCGGAUGCAGCUACCCGUCGAUUCGGAACGAUUCGAUAAUAUCGACGCCGAGUUCAAGAUAAUGAUGGAAGAAAUGGCUAAAAAUUCCAACGUCAUAUAUGCUACGAACCGGGAAGGAUUGGUCGAUAAGCUGGACAACCUGCAGAGCCAGCUGGCACUGUGCGAGAAAGCAUUGGCUGAGUAUCUCGAAACCAAGCGACUAUACUUUCCACGAUUUUAUUUCGUUUCGGCAGCCGAUCUGCUCGAUAUUCUCAGUAAUGGAAACCGACCGGAGGUCGUAUGUAAACAUUUAACCAAAUUAUUUGACUCUAUUGCAAAGCUCAAACUCGAAUCUCAUGACGACGGGCACAGCAAAAAGGCAUUAGGAAUGAUAGCAAAGGAUACCGAAUAUGUCAAAUUUUUCGAGUGCUGUAACUGCACGGGCGCUGUUGAAGUAUGGCUAAACCGUAUCCAGAUUGCGAUGAGAACAUCGCUGCGUAGCUACAUAGCUGAAGCCGUGGUAGCCUACGAAGAGAAACAACGCGAGCACUGGCUGUUCGAUUACCCAGCACAGGUAUCGCUGUGUGGAACUCAAAUCUGGUGGUCAACGGAAGUGAACAUUGCUUUUAGCCGGCUCGAAGAGGGAUAUGACAAUGCCAUCAAGGAUUAUUACAAAAAACAAAUUUCUCAACUUAGCACACUCAUCACACUUCUGCUGGGCGAACUAACGAGAGGCGAUCGACAAAAAAUUAUGACCAUCUGCACGAUCGAUGUCCAUUCCCGGGACGUUGUAAGCAAGCUCAUUCAGUCGAAGGUUGAGUUUGCGUCCGCUUUCCAGUGGCAGUCGCAGCUGCGUCACCGCUGGGAUGAUGCGGAAAAGGAUUGUUUCGCCAACAUUUGUGACGCACAGUUCUGUUAUAGCCACGAAUAUCUUGGCAACACACCGCGUCUAGUUAUUACCCCGUUGACCGAUCGUUGCUACAUUACCCUAACACAGUCGCUCCAUCUGGUGAUGGGCGGUGGACCUGCAGGCCCAGCCGGUACGGGAAAAACGGAAACUACCAAGGAUCUUGGACGUGCACUCGGAAUUAUGGUGUACGUUUUCAACUGCUCCGAGCAAAUGGACUACAAAUCUUGCGGUAACAUCUACAAAGGAUUGGCCCAAACAGGAGCAUGGGGUUGUUUCGAUGAGUUCAACCGAAUCUCUGUGGAGGUGCUGUCGGUUGUGGCAGUACAGGUGAAAUCCGUACAGGAUGCCAUACGGGACAAAAAGUCUAAGUUUGACUUCAUGGGAGAGUUCAUUGCCUGUGUUCCAACGGUUGGUAUAUUUAUUACGAUGAAUCCGGGCUACGCCGGUCGAACUGAGCUGCCAGAAAAUUUGAAAGCACUCUUUCGUCCAUGCGCCAUGGUUGUGCCUGACUUCGAGCUGAUUUGUGAAAUCAUGUUGGUUGCUGAAGGUUUCCAAGAUGCCAGAGUACUAGCGCGGAAGUUCAUCACACUUUACACGCUGUGCAAGGAGUUGCUUUCUAAGCAAGAUCAUUACGAUUGGGGUCUACGUGCAAUCAAAUCUGUUCUAGUUGUUGCUGGUUCCUUGAAACGCGGUGAUCCUGGUCGACCGGAGGAGGAAGUGCUGAUGCGAGCUCUUCGUGACUUCAACAUUCCCAAAAUCGUAACUGAUGAUAUGCCUGUAUUUAUGGGUUUGAUCGGUGAUUUGUUCCCAGCGCUAGAUGUACCUAGAAAGCGCGAUUUGGAAUUUGAAAAAACCGUCAAACAGGCAACGCUUGAUUUGGCCCUUCAGCCAGAAGAUAAUUUCAUACUGAAGGUGGUCCAGUUGGAAGAGCUGCUCGAAGUUCGACAUUCCGUCUUCAUUGUCGGCAAUGCGGGCACAGGAAAGACACAAGUUUGGAAGACACUUUACAAAACUUAUCAAAACGUCAAGAAGAAGCCUCUCUUCAACGAUCUCAAUCCAAAGGCAGUAACGAACGAUGAACUGUUUGGUAUCAUUAAUCCGGCAACGCGCGAAUGGAAGGAUGGUUUGUUUUCUGUAAUCAUGCGUGACCAAGCGUCACUCAGUGGGGACAAUCCUAAGUGGAUCAUCUUGGACGGUGAUAUUGAUCCGAUGUGGAUCGAAAGUCUCAAUACGGUUAUGGACGACAACAAGGUUCUGACGCUAGCCUCGAACGAGCGCAUAGCACUCACGCCCUAUAUGCGAUUAAUCUUUGAAAUUUCCAACCUGCGCACCGCCACACCCGCGACAGUAUCGAGAGCUGGCAUACUUUACAUUAACCCACAGGAUCUUGGAUGGAAUCCGUAUGUAACAAGUUGGAUUGAAACGAGGACAAUUCCUGCUGAAAAAUCCAACCUGGUCAUUCUCUUCGACAAGUACAUCCCAGCGUGCCUGGACAAUAUUCGGACGCGCUUCAAAAAAAUCACCCCCGUUGCCGAGAUGGCCCACAUACAAAUGCUGUGUCACUUAUUGGAGUGUCUACUGAUUCCAACCAAUACUCCAGCAGAUUGUCCCAAGGAGUGGCAUGACCUAUAUUUUGUGUUCUCGUGCGUUUGGGCGUUCGGUUCGGCUAUGUUUCAGGAUGCGGCCAUUGACUACCGCAUCGAAUUUAGCAAAUGGUGGGUGAACGAGUUCAAAACCGUCAAGUUCCCGCCGAAUGGAACUGUUUUCGAUUACUUCAUCGACACGGAAACGAAGCAGUGGACCCCGUGGACGGAGAUUCUACCAAAGUUCGAGAUGGACUGUGAUCAGCCUUUACAGGCGGUUCUGGUGCAUACCUCCGAGUCAAUACGAUUGCGUUUCUUCCUCGACCUGCUCAUGGACAGGGCGCACCCGGUGAUGCUCGUUGGUAUUGCCGGCUGCGGGAAGACUGUCGUGGUGAACGAGAAGCUGGGUAGCCUCUCGGAGAACUACGCCAUAGCGAACAUACCGUUCAACUUUUACACCUCCUCGGAGAUGCUGCAGAAAGUGAUGGAGAAACCAUUGGAGAAGAAAGCCGGACGGAACUAUGGUCCGCCUGGUAGCAAGACUCUAAUUUACUUCAUCGACGAUAUGAACAUGCCGGAAGUAGACGCUUACGGCACUGUCCAGCCGCACACGCUGAUUCGACAACAUCUCGACUACAACCAUUGGUACGAUCGGAACAAGUUAACGCUCAAAGAUAUACACAAUUGCCAGUACGUGUCCUGCAUGAACCCUACUUCCGGCAGUUUCACCAUCAACCCCCGGCUUCAGCGACACUUUUGUGUGUUCGCUGUCAGCUUUCCAGGCUCCGACGCCGUCACAACGAUCUAUCAUUCGAUUCUGGUUCAGCAUUUUGCAAAUGCGGAACAGAAGUUCAACAUAGCCGUUACGAAAAUAUCACAAAAUAUUGUCGCAGCAAGUUUGGCAUUACACACUAAAGUGGCACAAGUGUUUUUACCGACGGCCAUCAAGUUUCACUAUGUCUUCAAUCUGCGCGACCUGACAAACGUCUUUCAGGGCCUGUUGUUCAGUACCAAUGACUGUUUAGUUUCGUCGAGCGAUUUCAUCCGACUGUGGCUUCAUGAAACCCAGCGCGUCUAUGGAGACAAAUUGCUAGACGACAAAGAUAUCGACAGCUUCACCAAAAUGCAAAACGAUCUCGUGAAAAAAUCGUUCGAAGAGAUCGACGAAUCGAUCGUCUUCGAUAAACCGAACAUUUACUGCCAUUUUGCUGGCGGUAUCGGUGAACCGAAAUACAUGCCCAUUACUGACUGGGGCGUGCUGACCAAGCUUCUACAGGAAGCGAUGAUGUCAUACAACGAUCUGAUCUCGGCCAUGAACUUGGUGCUCUUUGAAGACGCCAUGAUGCACGUGUGCAGAAUCAACCGAAUAUUGGAGUCGCCUAGAGGUAGCGCCCUGCUGGUGGGUGUUGGUGGCAGUGGAAAACAAUCCCUAAGUCGAUUGGCCGCCUUCAUCUCCAGCUUGGAAGUGGCCCAAAUUCAACUCAAAAAAGGCUACAGUGUCGUCGAUCUAAAGAACGAGCUAUCCGGACUGUACAUGAAGGCAGGCAUGAAAAACGUCGGAAUUAUGUUCCUCAUGACAGACGCACAGAUAUCGAACGAAAUCUUCCUAGUCAUAAUCAAUGAUUUGCUUUCCUCGGGUGAGAUACCGGACCUGUUCCCAGACGACGAGGUAGAAAACAUCAUAUCCGGCGUACGGAACGAGGUGAAAGGAGCUGGAUUGGUGGAUUCGCGCGAAAACUGUUGGAAAUUUUUCAUCGAUCGUGUCCGGCGCCAAUUGAAAGUGGUGCUUUGCUUCUCACCAGUUGGAGUGACACUUCGUGUGCGUUCGCGUAAAUUUCCCGCCAUCAUCACAUGCACCCAAAUCAACUGGUUCCACGAAUGGCCACAGGAAGCCCUCAUGUCCGUGUCGUUGAGAUUCUUACAGGAAUUGACAGUUUUACCAGUGGAAUGCAGGGACUCUAUUGCGCGCUUCAUGGCAUACGUACACACGUCCGUCAACUCAAUGUCCAAGGUGUACCUUCAGAAUGAGCGACGCUACAACUACACCACGCCAAAGUCUUAUCUGGAGCAGAUCAGUCUGUACGAUAAACUGCUAAAGGAGAAACAUGGGGAGCUCCGUAAAAAGGUGGAACGGUUGGAGAAUGGUUUGGAAAAACUGCGAAACACCGCUGACCAAGUGGCAGCCUUGAAGCAAAAGCUGGCAGUACAGGAAAUAGAGCUGAAGGAGAAGAAUGAUGCAGCUGAUGCUUUGAUCGAAAUCGUCGGCAUUGAGACGGAAAAGGUGCAGACGGAAAAAGCGAUCGCCGAUGAGGAGGAACAGAAGGUGGCCAUCAUCGCUGAAGAGGUCGCUAAGAAGCAGCGUGAUUGUGAGGAAGAUUUAGUCAAAGCUGAACCAGCUUUGUCAGCAGCUCAGGAAGCCUUAAACACACUCAACAAGGCCAAUCUGACUGAGCUGAAGUCGUUCGGUUCACCGCCGGGUGUGGUGACGAAUGUCACCGCCGCUGUCAUGGUGUUGUUGGCCCCGAAUGGUAAAAUAGCAAAGGAUCGUAGCUGGAAAGCGGCCAAAAUUACGAUGGCCAAGGUUGACACAUUCUUAGACUCGCUGAUCAAUUACGACAAGGAACAUAUACAUCCGGAAAUCAUCAAAGCCAUUCAGCCAUACCUGAAGGACUCCGAGUUUGAGCCAGAUUUUGUACGGUCCAAAUCUGCUGCUGCGGCUGGCCUCUGUGCUUGGGUUAUCAAUAUUAUCAAAUUCUACGAUGUUUACUGCGACGUUGAGCCUAAACGACGAGCUCUGGCAGCUGCAAACGCCGAGCUGACGGCGUCACAGGAAAAGUUGGCCAACAUUAAGAAAAAAGUUGCCUCACUUGAAGAACAAUUAGCUAAACUUACCGCUGAUUUCGAGAAAGCCACCGCCGAUAAGUUGCGCUGUCAACAGGAAGCUGAUGCCACCCAGGCCACAAUCCAACUGGCCAAUCGUCUUGUCGGAGGGCUUGCUAGUGAAAACGUUCGUUGGGCAGAAGCUGUCGCAGAGUUUAUGCAGCAAGCAACCACACUACCGGGAGACAUUCUGCUCGUAACGGCAUUCAUCUCGUAUGUCGGUUGUUUUACAAAACAAUUUCGGCUGGAUAUGAUGAACAAGAUGUGGUUACCAUUUUUGAGAGCUCUUGAACCACCUGUUCCAAUUACUGACAGUCUUGAUCCAUUGCGUUUGCUAACUGAUGACACACAAAUCGCCACAUGGCAAAAUGAAGGUCUGCCAAGCGAUCGAAUGUCCAUUGAAAACGCUACUAUUCUCAGCAACUCGGAUCGUUGGCCUUUAAUGAUCGAUCCUCAACUCCAGGGUAUCAAGUGGAUCAAGCAAAAGUAUGGCGAUAUACUCAAAGUCAUACGUUUAGGUUCGAAAGGAUAUCUGGAAGUGCUGGAAAAGGCACUCGCCAAGGGGAGCACUGUGUUGAUCGAGAAUAUUAGUGAAAAUGUUGAUCCGGUGCUGGAUUCCUUGCUUGGAAGAAACCUUAUCAAAAAAGGACGUGCCAUCAAAAUCGGAGACAAAGAGGUUGAGUACAACCACAAAUUUAGACUUAUCCUACACACGAAACUGGCAAACCCGCACUACAAACCAGAGAUGCAAGCGCAAACCACCUUGAUCAACUUCACCGUCACCAGAGACGGUUUGGAAGAUCAGCUGCUAGCGGAGGUUGUCAAGGCGGAACGACCGGAUCUGGAAGAGUUAAAGGCAGACCUAACAAAGCAACAGAACGAUUUUAAAAUUAUGCUUAAACGGCUAGAGGAUGAUUUGCUAUCGCGUUUGUCCUCUGCCGGAGGUAACAUUCUCGGUGAUACCGCACUGGUGGAAAACCUCGAGACAACCAAGAAGACGGCGGCAGAAAUUGAAGAAAAAGUUACUGAAGCUAAGGUCACCUCCAAGGAGAUCGACGAAGCACGAGAACACUAUCGCCCGGCUGCUGCUAGGGCUAGCUUAUUGUAUUUCAUACUCAAUGAUCUUAACACCAUCAAUCCCAUUUACCAGUUUUCUCUCAAAGCGUUCAGUGUAGUCUUCCAGAAGGCUAUCUCGAAGGCGGAUUCUGCUGACGAAGUUCCAGCGCGAGUACGCAAUUUGAUCGAUUGCAUUUCCUUCUCGGUGUUUCAGUACACUACUCGUGGACUGUUCGAGUGUGAUAAGUUAAUUUUUAUGUCACAGAUGACGUUCCAGAUUUUGCUGAUUAAUGAAGAAAUAACACCGGCUGAACUUGACUUCCUGUUGCGCUUCCCCAUCAAACCGCACGUUACAUCACCAGUAGACUUUCUCACCAAUGCUGCCUGGGGCGGCAUUUGCAGCUUAGCUUCAAAGGAUGAGUUUAGAAAUCUUGAUCGCGAUAUUGAAACUUCCUCCAAACGUUGGAAGAAGCUCAUUGAAUCGGAAUGUCCCGAGAAGGAAAAGUUCCCCCAAGAGUGGAAGAACAAAACUGCACUCCAGCGCUUAUGCAUGAUGCGUGCUUUACGACCUGAUCGUAUGACCUAUGCCAUGACAGAUUUUAUUGAGGAAAAACUUGGAGCCAGAUACGUGGAAAAUAGGACGAUGGAAUUUGCCAAAUCAUUCGAAGAAACCAGCCCGUCAACACCGAUAUUCUUCAUUCUAUCGCCAGGCGUAAAUCCGCUCAAGGAUGUGGAAGCGCUUGGCAAACAGUUGGGCUAUUCUGCCGAUAAUGGUAACUUCUACAAUGUGUCGCUUGGUCAGGGUCAGGAAGUUGUGGCCGAAGCGGCUAUGGACAAAGCGGCCUCUUCUGGUCACUGGGUUAUUUUGCAAAACAUUCACUUGGUUAAGAAGUGGUUGCCAGCAUUGGAGAAAAAACUCGAAUUUUACUCAGAAGGGUCACACGAUAACUAUCGAGUGUUCAUGAGUGCUGAACCCGCUGCUACACCAUCCGCACAUAUUAUACCACAAGGUAUACUGGAGUCGUCGAUUAAGAUCACGAAUGAACCACCGACUGGGAUGCAGGCGAACAUACACAAAGCCCUGGACAACUUUACACAGGAAACUUUGGAAAUGUGUGGCAAGGAAGCGGAAUUUAAAGUGAUCUUAUUUUCACUCUGCUACUUCCACGCAGUCGUUGCGGAAAGACGCAAGUUUGGACCGCAAGGCUGGAAUAAAAUUUACCCUUUCAAUGUAGGCGACCUCAACAUAUCCGUAUCCGUACUUUACAAUUAUCUAGAAGCUAAUACCAAGGUACCCUGGGAGGAUCUGCGCUAUCUGUUCGGCGAAAUCAUGUACGGUGGGCACAUCACGGACGAUUGGGAUAGGCGCACGUGCAUUACCUAUCUGGAGGAAUUGAUGCAGCCAGAUCUGGUCGACGGAGAACUGUUCCUGGCACCAGGAUUUGCAGCUCCUCCCAAUACGGACUAUGCUGGCUAUCAUGCAUACAUCGAUGAGGCAAUGCCUCCAGAAUCCCCAUAUCUAUACGGUUUGCAUCCCAACGCAGAAAUAGGCUUCCUAACGACCACUUCCGAAAAUCUCUUCCGAACCGUGUUUGAAAUGCAACCGCGUGACGCUGGCUCAGGUUCUGGAACUACGGUGACGCGCGAGGACAAGGUGAAACAGGUGCUGGACGAAAUCAUGGAGAAGCUGCCGGAAGAGUUUAAUAUGCCAGAAAUCAUGGGCAAAGUGGAGGAGCGCACACCCUAUGUGAUCGUUGCAUUUCAGGAGUGCGAACGUAUGAACUAUCUUACCGGUGAGAUAAAGAGAAGCCUGAAAGAACUUGACCUUGGUAUGAAGGGCGAACUCACCAUCACGUCCGAUAUGGAAGAUUUGGAGAAUUCUCUCUUCCUUGAUCAGGUACCCGUAGUAUGGGCUUCUCGUGCUUAUCCUUCGCUGUUAGGCCUCACCGGGUGGUUCGUGGAUUUGCUACUUCGAUUACGUGAACUCGAAACCUGGUCGGCCGAUUUUGUGCUCCCUAUUUCCGUUUGGUUGGCCGGCUUUUUUAAUCCCCAAUCGUUACUGACAGCCAUCAUGCAGUCGACGGCAAGAAAGAACGAACUUCCACUCGACAAAAUGUGCCUGCACUGUGACGUGACAAAGAAGCAGAAGGAUGAUUUCUCUGCCGGACCGCGAGAAGGUGCCUAUGUUCAUGGAAUAUUCAUGGAAGGUGCACGAUGGGACGUGCAGCAGAGUAUAAUCAUGGAGUCAAAGCUGAAGGAACUGUAUCCACAGAUGCCAGUCAUAAACAUACGGGCUUUAACCCAGGAUAAACAGGAUCUACGAAACAUGUAUGAAUGUCCAGUCUACAAAACCAGGACACGUGGACCAACGUACAUAUGGACGUUUAAUUUAAAAACCAAAGACAAACCAGCCAAAUGGACACUAGCUGGAGUUGCUUUACUGUUACAAGUUUAAAUGUGUGUUUGUUAUACUGUUCUGUAUAUUAGAAUGUGUAGCGCGUGUACUUUGCACUGAUUUUAGUCGUUUGUUUUGUUAAUAUCUCCCAGCAACAACUUGCAGAGUGUUAUUUGAAAUCAAUUUUUCUUAGUAUUUAAUAAACUAGAGCACCAACCGCACGGAAAAAAAACAAA